CAUUAGUGUGCGGGAGUCAACAGUCGGCAGCAGGCAAAUUUGUAUGGAGGUGGGCCCAUUAUCAUGGCAUGCAAUGUACAACCACAACAACAACCACAACAACAUCAGCGGCAAAACGAACAGCACAACUCAUUAGAGCAGCAAUGUAUUAGGCAACUGCAAAAGCAACAGCAACAACCAUCUUUGCAACAACGUCAUCAGCAACAGCAACAGCAACAUUAUCGAAGUCAGCAGCAGCAUCUUCAACAACAACAACAACAACAACAAUUGCAGGCAAUCAAGCAGCAGCGCAGUUCGGCAAAAUGCCAACAAUUGACGCAACAGCGAACGCGGAGGCACAGGGGCCAGCGAGAGCUAAUCUCGAGCUGGCGCUGCUCGUUGCAUGCAACGCUUAAAUUGUUGCAACGUCCCUCGACCACCGUAACGCUGUUGUUGCAAUUGCUGGUGUUGUUGUCGGCAAGCACAACGGCACGUGGCGAAGGCAAUGUUG